AUGGAGGUUCAACAGCAACAGCUUAUGCAGGACCUGACAGCAGUAAUUCAGGGACAGUUAUCGACACUUCAGGUGGACAAAUCUGUCGCAGAACUAGAUGUAGGUCGAGAUGAGAACACCGUAACUAGUGUCCAAAUGCAUGCUCUCUCAGCUGCUCUGCAGCCCAAACUCAGCUCAGUGAUUAGCGAGCUACCCUCUUACGAGAAAGAAGGCUUAGGACGCACACACCUAAUAGAGCAUAACAUCGACGUUGCAGAUGCUGAGCCCGUUAAACAGCGUCAUUUGCCAGUUUCCCCUGCCAAAGAAAAACUGAUGUUUGCCGAGAUUGAAAACAUGCUAGCGCUAGACGUGAUAGAAGAAUCGAAGAGACCAUGGAGCAGCAAUUGCGUAUUAGUACAGAAGGGAGAGAAAAAUCGUUUGUGCUUAGAUUCCAGAGAACUGAAUAAGCUGACGCUGAAAGACGCGUAUCCUUUACCACAUGUAGAUGGCAUUCUUAGUCGAUUGCCCCUCGCUCGUUUUAUCACUGGUCUCGAUAUAAAGCAUGCAUUUUGCAAAUCCCGCUUGAUAAAAAGUCUAGACUAUGCAGCUCAAAGUCGACCGGGCAAGGUGAUUAAUGAAUUCCCAGUCCCAACCACGGUGAAGCAAUUGAGGCGAUUCUUAGGUCUUGCCGGAUGGUACCGACGGGAGCAUCAGCAGCGGCCACCAACCUCAGCCAUCGGCCGGUCUGCGUAA